AUUUUAGGAUACUGUAGUUAAAAAGGAUGGAGCUUUUAGGGUCAUCGGAGUACAAUCUAGGGACUCUAACGGACGAUGCGGUUCGGGAAAUUACAGAAAGCUACGAUGGGUUUUUCACCACCGUGGAAUCUCUCAUUAAUGACGGCACCGAAGUCAAGAUGGAGUUGAUGUCUCAUGUCUCUACUCUCUGCAAGUACGGCCUUGAUUCUCUUGUUCGUGACCACUUUCUCAUAUCGCUCGAGCAAGCUUUCGAGAAGAGUGUUGCAUCGAGUUUUUGGCAUCAUUUUGAUGAUUACAGCGACAAGAAUCAUACUAAGUAUGGAAAAGAGAUUCAUCAAGUGUUAUGCAAGGCUUUGGAGGAAGUAUCUACGGAAAAGCAGUCUCAUGACAAGUGUCUCUCCAUGGUUGUUCAUGCUUUGCAGUCAUUUAAAGAACAUUCUUCAGAGGAAAUGCAGAAGUCAGAUGCUGAAAGAGUUCAACAACUUUUUUCUAGAUUCCACUCAGUGUUGUCUUCCACUCUCAUGACUACUCUUCCACAGCAUUUUCCUGAAAUACUCCACUGGUAUUUUAAGGAAAAGUUGGAGGAGCUAAGCGCAAUCAUGGAUGAAGAACAUGAAAGUGAUGGCAUGGAUUUGGACGAAAAGCUGGGAUCUGAAAAUGGAGAAAUGGAUGUUGAUGAAGGCUAUCCAAGACAUGAUGAGCUGGUGAAGAACAUUGGGAAAGUGGUCCGUGACCUUAGAAGCAUUGGAUUCACAUCUUUGGCUGAAAACGCUUAUGCUUCCGCAAUCUUUUUACUUCUCAAGGAAAAAUUGCAUGAUCUGGCUGGUGAUGAUUACAGGACUUCUGUUUUGGGAUCAAUAAAAGAAUGGAUUCAGGCAGUCCCUCUUCAGUUCCUUAAUGAGCUUCUUUCUUAUAUUGGUGAUUCCGUAAGUUAUGAUACCACAUCGUCUGGCCUUACCUCUCUUCUGGCUUGCUGUCCAUCUCCAAGCAUUUCCAAAGUGGUGACUCCUUCCGAAGUAAUUGUUAGGUGGAGAUUACGGCUUGAAUAUUUUGCGCAUGAGACACUGCAAGAUUUAAGGAUAGCCAAACUAUUUGAGAUCAUGGUUGAUUAUCCUGAGAGUUCUUCUGCUAUUGAAGACUUGAAACAGUGCCUUGAAUUUACUGGACAGCACUCAAAGCUAGCUGAACCUUUUAUUUCGUCGCUGAAAUAUCGUUUGCUUACUGCCGGUGCGUCAACAAAUGAUAUAUUGCAUCAGUAUGUGUCGACCAUUAAAGCCCUUAGAGCAAUAGACCCAGCUGGUGUGUUUCUGGAAGCAGUGGCUGAGCCAAUCAGAGACUAUUUACGUGGUCGGAAAGACACCGUUAAAUGUAUUGUCACUAUGCUUACGGAUGGAAGCGAAGGGAAUGCAAAUGGUUCUCGAAACCCUGGGGAUAGUCUUCUUGAAGAGUUGAUGAGGGAUGAAGAAAAUCAAGAGAAUGUUGGUUCUGAUGAUGAUUUUCACACCGAUGAUAAGAGAGCAUGGAUCAAUGCUUCUCGUUGGGAACCAGACCCUGUCAUUGCUGAUCCUUUAAAAGGUAGUCUCAAUCAGAGGAAGGUAGACAUACUCGGAAUGCUUGUUGAUAUAAUUGGAUCUAAAGAGAAACUAGUGAACGAAUAUCGUAUCAUUCUCGCUGAGAAGCUUCUCAACAAGACUGAUUAUGACAUCGACACUGAGAUACGCACUGUAGAGUUUCUUAAGAUACAUUUUGGAGAAGCUAGUAUGCAAAGAUGUGAGAUAAUGCUGAACGACCUGAUUGACUCUAAGAGAGUGAACACUAACAUUAAAAAGGCAUCUCAGACAGGCACUGAGUUAGGAGAGAGUGAACUGUCGAUUGAUAUUCUUACCUCAACGAUACUUUCAACAAACUUUUGGCCACCAAUUCAGAUAGAUGAGACCCUGGAGUUACCUGCACCUAUUCACAAGCUGCUAUCAGAUUAUGCCAAUCGAUAUCACGAAAUCAAGACCCCUCGUAAGCUACUUUGGAAGAAAAAUCUUGGCGCUGUCAAGUUGGAGUUGCAAUUUGAAGACAGGGCUCUGCUGUUCACAGUUUCCCCCACACAUGCAGCCAUUAUCAUGCAAUUUCAAGAAAAGAAAAUAUGGACCUCUAUAGAUCUUGCUGCAGCCACUGGGAUACCCAUAGAUGUAUUAAACCGAAGAGUAAACUUCUGGAUAAGCAAGGGAGUUUUGAGAGAGUCAAACGCCAAUGUGUAUAUGCUUGUUGAAUCCAUAGCUGAUUCUGGAAAGAACGAAAACGAGGAGCUUUGGGAAAGUGAUGAAGAGAGUGAAAGAUCGAUAGCCUAUGUGGAAGACCAGCUUCGGAAAGAAACGACAAUAUACAAGAACUUCAUUAUGGGGAUGCUCACAAAUGGUAGCAUGGCACUAGAACAAAUCCAUAACAGGCUCAAGAUGUUAUGUGUAGCUGAUCCUGCUUACGACAAGUCACUGCAACAGCUUCAGAGCUUACUUUCUGGGUUAGUCGCUGAAGAGAAACUAGAGCUUAGACAUGGAAUGUAUUUGCUCAAGAAGUCGUAGAAACUCUUUGUGUUUAUGAUGAACUAGUUUACCAUUUGUAUCAACAAAUCUCGUCGUCCCUUUAACGACUUCUCUAACAUCAGAAUCUGAAUUCCCG